AUGAAUAUUAGUCCACAAAUAUGGUUAUCAAUUUCAUCGAAACCAUAUCGUCGUCUUGUAUUGAAUUGGCAUCAUAUUGAUCGUCGUGAUCUUUAUAGUUCAUGGAUUGCUUUAUAUGAUGUUGAACCAACUACAACAUUACCCGGUACACAUAAUGCAGCUAGUUAUGAAAUAUCUGGUAAAAUGAAUUUUCCACGUUUAGAUAAAUAUAUCUAUUGUCAAGAUGAAUCCGUAUGGAAUCAAUUAAUCUAUGGUAUACGAUUUCUUGACCUAAGAUUAGCAUAUGAUAAUGAACAGAAAAAUGAACGUGAUCGUGUUUGGAUUGCACAUGGUAUGGUCAAAGUGGAUAUAUUACUUGUUGAUGUUUUGGAACAAGUUCUUGCUUUUCUAUUAUCAACACAUCAAGAGAUUAUUAUACUGGAUUUUCAUCGAUUUGAAGAUGGCCUUCAAGAAUCAUUACCAGAUAUUGAUGAACGUCAUUCAAUUAUUGAACGUUUAAUUAAUGAUUAUCUGGGUUCAUUUCUUAUACCGGUAGAUAUUGGUUGGAAUCGACCAUUACGUGAAUUAAUUGCCAUGAAUAAACGUGUUUACAUUGGUUAUGCACGUGAUCAUCGUAAUCGGCAAUUUUUUCAUACAAAUGCUUUACAUGUUUGGGCUGGUAGCGAUGAUCCUGGCAUUUUAUUUCGUCAUCUAAAUGAUCGUUCAUGUCGUUCACCAUCCACUCCGUAUCCAGUAUCAUUGAUGGGUGCAUUGACACCAAAAUUUUUUGGUCUUUUACGUGACAAAUAUGAUGGUCUUCGAUCAUUAGCCGAACAGAUCAAUCAUGAUUUAAGUGUCAAUGUUUUUGAUGAAUGGUGGCAAUGUAUGAAUGUUUUAUGUACAGAUUAUUUUCUUGGCAAUAAUAUUAUUGAAUAUACGAUUGAAGCAAAUUUAUGGCGUGAAAAAAAUCGUCAAAAACAUUUACAACAACAACAACAACAACAACAACAAACAACAUCACUACCAGCAGUACCAUAUUAUCAAAAAGAUGUUAAUAACAACAACAUUAUGUUGAAUCUAUCAAAAUUAUAA